GUUUAUCAAUGCCUCAAAUGAACUUUUUACUUAAUCCAGAGAUUUGUAACGCUCUCUAGCCUUGCUUAAUUAUAACUGAUUGCUAGAAUAUAUCCAUUGGAUCACUUUUCUGGCAGCUACAUCAGCCCACCAUCAAACAGCUUGAAACAAUCAUAUCCGUCUGACCGUCACAAUUUCCCCUUCUGGAAAGAACUGAUAGGUGCUGGUUCAAGAAGAAAUUCUUCAACAUCCAAGCGGACUUCAAACAGCAUCCAGACCAAACUCUCUCCCUCACACUGGCCUUGAAUCAUGUCGCUGGGUACGGGUGAUGCCAACCUGGCAUGGUGGGCAUCUCAACUACAAGAUCAGACGAUAUCCCCUCUGACCAGAGAUUACCCAGAGGUCACCUCAGAUAAUUUGCCCAAGCGAUCUAUCGAGGCUGUUGAAUCUCUCACUACCCCAGGCCUUACGGCAGAUGCCUUGAAGACACUGUCCUCAAUAGCCCCUCCUGUCAAUGUUGUACAGGCUGUUAUUGUAGCAUUGGUGGCUAGGUUGACUGGCGAUGAAGACAUCAGCAUCGGCACCAAUGCCGCCUCAAAUGCUCCGGCUUUUGUUCUUCGCACCUCAACCUCCGCUUCUGAACCUUUCUCGGAUCUUCUCAAAAGAGUGCAAGACAUUUCGACCCAAGCUUCUGCGAGGCUCGUCUCUCUCGACACCAUCCGUUCUCACUUGAUCCCUGCUCACUCCGACAAGAAGAGCCUCUUCCGUUUUGCCGCUUUCCAAACUCUUGACGCCGAGACUGGCCUUCCUACCAGUGUAGACACAACUGACUUUUGUCUCACCUACAACAUCUCAGAGUCAGGCCAACUCCGCCUAAGCGCACGAUACAAUCAGCGACUGGUCUCUAGUGCCAGGAUAAAGGGUAUUCUCGCACAAAUUUCCGUCUUUCUUCAAAGUGCUGCCGCAGCCCCCGCGGCCCCAAUCGGAGCAUUGGUUUUUGCCACCACCGAUGAGGAAAAGCUGCUGCCAGAUCCAACCUGUGAUCUAGAGUGGUCCAAUUUUCGUGGUGCCAUCCAUGAUAUAUUCUCUGCGAACGCCCAAGCUCACCCCGACCGAACUUGUGUCGUGGAGACCAAGUCAGAAGACGGGCCCGAGCGCUCGUUCACCUACCGCCAAAUCGAUGAAUCCUCCAACAUCUUAGCACAUCACCUCGUUGAGUCCGGGCUAGAGCGCGGUGAUGUGGUCAUGAUUUACUCUUAUCGCGGCGUCGACCUGGUGGUUGCGGUCAUGGGCACACUCAAGGCAGGAGGCACAUUCUCCGUCCUCGACCCUCAGUACCCGCCUGACCGGCAAAACAUUUAUCUCGAUGUUUCAAGACCUCGAGCCCUAGUCAUCAUUGACAAGGCCACUCAAGAUGCAGGACAGCUGUCUGACAAGGUGCGACAGUUUAUCGGCGAGAACCUACAGCUUCGGACAGAAGUUCCCGCUUUGCGUCUGCAAGAUGAUGGUUACCUCCAAGGUGGUCAGAUAAACGGAAAGGACAUCUUCGAAACGGCUCGUACCCUCAGCGCAAAAGGACCCGGUAUUGUAGUAGGACCAGAUUCGAUACCAACACUCUCAUUCACAUCUGGUUCCGAGGGCAAGCCCAAGGGUGUCAAAGGUCGGCAUUAUUCCCUCGCAUUUUACUUUGACUGGAUGGCAAAGACAUUCAAGCUGUCAGAAAACGACAAAUUCACCAUGCUCAGUGGAAUUGCACAUGAUCCAAUUCAACGAGAUAUGUUUACUCCCCUCUUUUUGGGCGCUCAAUUACUGGUUCCCGCCAAGAAUGACAUUCAAAAUGAACGUUUAGCAGAAUGGAUGCGAGAGCACGGGGCGACAGUCACCCACUUGACCCCAGCCAUGGGACAAAUUCUGGUGGGCGGAGCCGUCGCCAAAUUUGAAAAGCUUCACCACGCUUUCUUCGUUGGUGACAUUCUCAUCAAACGAGAUUGCAGAUCGCUACAACUGUUAGCUCCCAAUGUGAACAUUGUCAACAUGUAUGGAACUACAGAGACUCAGAGAUCCGUCAGCUACUAUGAAAUCCCUUCGCGAAAUGAGCAGGGCGGCUUUCUCGAUGGCUUAAAGGAUGUCAUUCCCGCAGGACGUGGCAUGUAUAACGUGCAAAUGCUUGUGGUGAACCGAUUUGACCCUACUAAACUGUGUGCCAUUGGAGAGCUGGGCGAGAUCUACGUCCGGGCAUCGGGUCUCGCUGAAGAGUAUCUGGGAACCCCUGACCUAACCCAGAAGAAGUUUGUACAGAAUUGGUUUCCCGGUCAUGAAAAAGGUCUAGCCGAGGAUAAGGCGCGGUUUGAGGCGAAAUACAAAGGUCAGCCUUGGACCGAAUUCUACCAAGGCCCCAGAGACAGGCUCUACCGAAGCGGAGAUCUUGGUCGUUACACACCAACAGGUGACGUGGAAUGCUCGGGCAGAGCUGAUGACCAGGUCAAGAUCAGAGGAUUCCGUAUCGAGCUGGGCGAGAUCGAUACUCACUUAUCCCAGCACCCACUCGUAAGAGAAAACGUCACUCUUGUUCGUAGAGACAAGUUUGAAGAACAAACCCUCGUCAGCUACGUCGUGCCUCAACUCAAGGCUUGGACACAAUUUCUCGCCGAUAAGGGAAAACCCGAUCAAGUUGAAGGCGAUGAUGGAUCACUUCGAGCCCGGUUCCAACGAUUUCGACUCCUUCAGCAAGAGCUACAGGAAUACCUUCGGUCCAAGUUGCCAGCGUACGCCGUUCCUUCAGUUAUCGUCCCCAUGCGAUCGAUGCCCUUGAACCCGAACGGUAAAAUCGACAAGCCCAAGUUGCCUUUCCCAGACACUGAGCUUCUCACAUCUGCCAGACGACGCAAAUCUUCCAUGCUACAGCCCCUCACUGAUGGAGAAUUGGCUCUGGCCAAGAUCUGGGCUGAUCUGGUUCCUGGUCUGAUCCCUAAAACCAUCAAGCCCACAGAAUCAUUCUUCGAGAUCGGAGGUGAGAGUAUGAAGGCACAACAAUUGGCAUAUCAAGUUCGGAAGAACCUUGGCGUGGAUUUGGCUAUCAGCAAAAUCUAUAACCGAUCAACCUUGCGAGAAAUGGCACUCAUCAUUGAAAGUUUGCAAGCAUCCGACGCUCUCGGAGCUCUUGAAGGAGACGCUACUGCCGAGACUGUAGACGAUUAUGGCAACGAUGCCCUGACCCUUGCUGCAACCUUACCUGGAUCUUUCAAGAAUGCAGGAUCUUCCGACGACAUUCCCAACCCUGUCGUGUUCCUGACUGGUGCAACAGGCUUCUUGGGCUCAUUUGUUUUGAGAGACCUCUUGGAACGCCAACCGCUUGUACAAAAGGUCUUUGUUCUCGUCAGAGCCAAGGAUGAAGCAAAGGCAGCGUCUCGGGUCAAGUUGACUUGUCAAGCAUAUGGAGUCUGGUCAGAAGCCUGGUCUUCCCGGAUUGAUUACGUGCCAGGAAAUCUUGGACCUGCCCGGUUUGGCAUCUCAGAUGAAAAGUGGCAACAAAUUGUGGAUGAAACCAAUAUUGUCAUUCACAAUGGGGCCGAGGUCAACUGGCUGAAGAACUAUGAGCAGCUCAAGGCUCCCAACGUCUCAGGUACCCUUGAAGCCCUCAAACUAUGUGCUGAAGGAAAGCCCAAACUCUUUGCAUUUGUGUCAUCGACGAGUGUGUUGGAUCAUGAUGACUUCUUGGUCGAAUCUGAAAGAAUCAAAGCGGCAGGUGGAGCAGGACUUAGCGAAGCAGAUGACCUCCAUUCCAGUAAAGAGGGUCUAACUACAGGGUACGGUCAGAGCAAAUGGGUAUCGGAGUACUUGACGCGCGAAGCUGGCCGCAGAGGCCUUCGAGGAACUGUGGUUCGACCAGGUUACGUCUUGGGCGACUCGAAGACCGGGGUAACCAACACAGACGAUUUUUUGAUUCGAAUGUUGAAGGGAUGUGUGCAACUCAAGGCUCGACCGAACAUCGAGAACAAAGUCAACAUGGUCCCCGUCGACCAGGUGGCUCGAACUGUGGUGGCGAGUGCGUUUCACCCUGUGACCGACGAAGGAGUCCAAGUUGCUCAGGUCACUGGCCGGCCGACCAUCCCGUUCAACAAAUAUCUCGCUGCGCUGGAGACGUACGGAUACGAAUGCAAGCAGACCGAUUACAACCCGUGGACAAGCGAAUUGGACAGCCAGGCUAACUCGACCAAUUUCGCACUCAUGCCGCUUUUCACUUUUGUGCACAACGACCUCCCGUCCAAUAUGCAGUCUCCUGAGCUAGACGACAGCAACGCGCAACGCGCACUCAAAUUAGAUCAGCCGUCGUGGUCCAAUAAGUGGGUUACCCAGAGAAGCAUCGGGCUGUACCUUGCAUACUUGGUCGCCAUUGGCUUCCUCCAGCCACCUAGUGACGAAUCAUGGGAGCCUCUUCCCACGGUCAAUGUAUCGAAUGAGCAGCGAGAUGCUUUGUUGAGUGUUGGUGGGAGAGGUGCAUUGGCUUGAGACUUGAAUUUGGAGAAUAGAUAUCGCAAAUGCGGAUCCAGAAAGGACAAAAAGCAAUGUCAUGCUAGAUUUGAAACCCA